AUGGGCUCUCAUGGCGAAUACUCGGUCCCGCAAGAGGCAGAAGCCGUUUUACAACACGGGAUCCUGAGCAAUCCGUUGAUGAAAGAUUUGCCAAGUGACCUCAAAGCUCUCAGUCAACAUGUCAAAUUCGAGGGCUCGCCCAAGCCAAGUGUCCCAAUCAACUGGAAAUUCGCAGAGAGCAUAUCGGCCCUGAAGGGCCUCGAGGCGACAAUGCUCAAUCGUCUUCUGCAGAAUAAAUACAAGGCCGAGCCGCUCGAUGUCACUAUCAACACCGACCACGCGAGCUUGUUCUUCUUUUCACCUUUGCUAGCCCAACUCAUCGGUAAAGAUGGAAAAUUCACGCCCAUGGCGCUCAUGAACUUCGUGCCAGAGGCAAUGAAGAUGUUCCCUGAAACAGACAAGCAUAGAACCGCUGCGAGCCUCCACCGAGCCCUUGUCACCAACAUGUACAAGACGAAAGACGGCAGAUGCUACGAGUGUUACGACGUAACAGGAGGCAUAAAUCCCGAUCCCACCCUGAAGGCAUUGGGCCUCCCCGAGGAAGGCCCGGAAGACGACAACUACGAGACUGUGUUCGAACGGAUCCAGAAUGUCGUUUCCCAAAUGGACUCGAAAGACCUCGACGAGCUCUUGAACGAAAAGGCCAAGCAAGCCGGUACAGUUGCCUGGUCGUCGGACGAGUACUUUGCCAGCGAGCACGGCCAGGCGAACAGCAAGGUGGGGCUCUUCGAGAUCAAAAGAGACGAACAGUCGGCGCAGCCUGCCGCCUGGUGGCCCGAGAACGACAGCCUCCCGUCUUCCACGAAACGACCCCUCGCCGGUCUCAAGAUCGUCGACCUCACCCGUAUCAUCGCCGCCCCCGUCGUCUCCCGCGACCUCGCGGAGAUGGGUGCGAGCGUCAUGCGCGUCACAUCGGCCAAUAUCACCGACAUGUCUUCUUUGCACCCAGACCUCAACUGGGGCAAAUGGAACUGCCACCUGGACCUGACUAAGGACGGGGAUAAGGAGAAACUAAAGGCCCUGAUUCGGGAUGCCGAUGUUGUAGUGGACGGAUACAGACCUGGUGUCAUGGAAAAGCAUGGCUUCAGUCGACAGGACGUCUUCGACCUGGUCAAGGACCGCCAGCGCGGCAUCAUUCACCUCCGAGAAAAUUGCUACGGCUGGCAUGGACCUUGGCAGAAGCGAGGCGGAUGGCAGCAGAUCAGUGAUGCUUGUUGCGGUGUUUCACUGGCUUACGGAAAGGCAAUGGGACUCGACGAGGCGGUCACUCCUGUCUUUCCAAACUCCGACUACUGCGCCGGGGUAUGUGGCAGCACAGCUGUUCUCGACGCUUUGAUGAGACGGGCCGAACACGGUGGCAGCUACGGCGUUGACAUCUCGCUCAACUACUAUUCCCAAUGGCUCGUACGCUCAUGCGGGACGUACCCCGAACCGGUGUGGAAGGAAGUCUGGGAACGCCACGGGUCUCCCGUCUUUCGCCAUUUCCACACCAUGGCCCACACCGUCCCCAUCAUGUCGAAGCUCCUCCACGAGCACGACUCCAAGACCCUGUUCCAACCGCACUUCUUCGAGAUUCGUACGUCAAAGGCAGUGGGAGGCACGUUUUGGGUCGUGAAGCCUGUUUUGCAGUUCGACAAUAAUGCCGUCGAGAUGGGUUACAAUGUGGGCACGAGGGGCAACGGUGUCGAUGAACCAAUCUGGCCCACUGACCUAGCCGUAGAGGUAGUGAAGAGCUAG